CUUGGUCCUCAGGAGACUCGAUUGCUGGUAAAUCGUAUCUCGCCGAGGGCUGUGCUUCAGCCAUAUCUGCUCUUUACUUUCAUGAUUAUUUAUAAGCAGUUAUCGUUACCUAUUAGAUUCGCAUUCGAUAUCCGCUUUGCUUGGUCGCAUCGAUUUCCAGAGACUUGUUUCCCGGAUCUAUCUUCAGCUUCACGUACAGUACAACCCCACUUCAAAGCGGCAGUACCCACCUGAACGAAGCAAACAACAGACGCCUUGCGCCUGGCUUCAGCCUGCUCGGAUCCUCAGAUGAAAUGUCUUUUACAACUGGCCUUAAAGUUGACGAUAUGCGCUUUCGCGGCCCUCAAUCGCCCCAUGAUAGCUCUCCCUUUCCUCAGUUCAAUUCGCUCUAUGGCGGGGGCAGCAAUCCGUUACAACGACCUUCUCGCGCAUCCGCGGACGCUCGCUCCAGCUUGCAGCGUCGAUUCACGACAGACUCAGCAAAGAUGCCGUCUACCUCUCCAUUCUCACAUCAAAGGGUGCAGACCGCAGAAUCACUGGAUUUAACUUCGGCAACUUUCCAUAAAGUUCAACUUCUUGAGAAAAAACGCAUGGAGUAUGAGCUUCUAAAGGAGCAAAGGAGACGAUUCGAAGCAGAGAUGCACCUGAUCGACCUCCAACAGAAGCGUGAGGAAGAAGAUAUACGAAAAAUGGCGAAGGAUCUUGAAAGGGUACAUCCUUCUGCAGGCCACCAAAGUGAGCCUACAACGCCACCAGAAUAUCCGGAAUCGAUCUUCUCAACGGUCUUCCCGCGGCAUAAUCGUCUUUCAAGCUCGAGCAUCACGUCCCCGCCAGGGUUGACGAGUCGGUCAGUUCGAUCGAGCUCACAGCUUACUUCACCUCCGCCAGAACUUGUCAGCAGCUUCCCUUCAACGAUUUUGCCCAAUAAACUUCCCUCAAAGUCUGUUCCAGCAUCGCGCCGAAAUUCAGAUGAGAAUGAACUUCAGCACGAAUCAGAAGUCUUCAAGACUGAUCAUCGUUCUGCCGCAGCGAUGAAUCGGAAUUCGAUGCCAGCCUCAGGAUUGAAUUUUCGGAUGCGAAGCACGAGGCCAGAGCUGGGAUCAGUGUUCUCACUUGGCCAGAUCAACACAACUGGCUUUCUUUUUGGUGACGACGAUGAGCGAGCCGCUCCCAAGAAAGACCAUAAUCAGGCAACGUCUCCGGAUGUCAAGAGUUACCUUCAGAUGAAUGCAACCGAUGACAAGUUCCCGAUUUUGGUUCGUCGCAACGACUUCCCAGGACUGCUUUCUGCGUCCUCCGCCGCUCUUGAUCUCGCGCUUUCUCAAUCGCCCGGUCCAGAAACUAAAUCCAACGGCUGGCCGCCUUUCACGCAUCGGCCGGCACAACACAGCCUCCCACAAAAUUCUUUCAAUUUACAUCAGAACGUCGCUCAGGCAAAGCAUGCAAAGCAAAAUGAUCAUUCCCCACGCGUGGCGUUUCGUCAGUCUGAUCAUUCUACCAAUGAAUCACCAAGCAGAACCAGCCGUGUUCAUAAGAACCCUCUCGAGGUCAAAUUCGGACCACUUGGAGAUCAAGGCAGGCCUAGCAGAGCGUCGAAUAACACUUCUUCGCACGCUCCUCCGAAACUGCAGUCAUCAUAUUCCACUAAUGACAUACCCACUAUGAAGAGUUCAAAUGGCCUAGCGGGCUUAGGCUCCCCUAAGACCCACGCCCAACAACAUCUACAAAAUCACAAUGCCAGCAUGGGGCGCAUUCCGCCAGUGGCACUCCAAUCUCGGCAUAGCAGGGAACUUUCUGGUGGAGAGUUGCACCGCGAAGAGCAGGCCAACACCUUUCCAUCAAUUCAGUCAGGGCUGCAAGGAAACGCUCCUCCGUUUGGUCCUCUUUUGUCCUCUUCUAGCAGUAACGGGAGCACUCAGGAUACCUCGAAUCCCACUGGAGUGCCACCUUAUGGAUCACCCUCCUCCUAUGGUGGCUACGGCAUGCAAAUGCUGCAUUCUGGCUUGAAUAAUUUCCAUAUUGGGCCAGCCGCUCAAACGAAUGGUCAUAUGCAGAUUAUGGCCCCGCCAUCUCCAUUUCCUAGCUACCAUCCUUAUAACCAGUAUGGGGCGCGAAUUCCCGACAGCCAAGCCCGCGUUAUUCAGCAAAGACGUAUGCAAAACGAUAAUGCUCGGUUCACGAAUGUGCAGCUGGAACAUCUUAGAGGCGAAAUAUACAGCCUUUGCAAAGACCAACACGGAUGCCGGUAUUUGCAGAAGAAAUUGGAGGAGCGAAACCCAGAAUAUGUGCAUAUGAUUUUCCGCGAAACCAGUCAACAUAUCGUGGAAUUGAUGACAGAUCCAUUUGGAAAUUAUCUUUGCCAAAAAUUGCUCGAAUUUGCCAACGACGAAGAACGGACGGUUCUUAUAAAUAAUGCUGCCCCUCAAAUGGUACGGAUCGCUCUUAAUCAGCAUGGAACCAGAGCUCUUCAGAAGAUGAUUGAAUUUGUUUCAACUUCUGAACAGACACAAACAAUCAUCUACGCUCUUCGCGAUCGAGUGGUUGAAUUGAUACAAGAUCUGAAUGGCAACCAUGUCAUUCAAAAAUGUCUCAAUCGUCUUAGUGCUGAAGAUGCCCAGUUUAUUUUUGAUGCUGUUGGCACCAAUUGUGUUGUGGUAGGCACGCAUCGUCACGGCUGCUGUGUUUUGCAGCGAUGCAUCGAUCAUGCUUCUGGGCAUCAGAAGGCUCAGCUGGUGAGGCAAAUCUCUGCAAAUUCAUUUUCUCUGGUGCAAGAUCCGUUUGGCAAUUAUGUCAUUCAGUAUAUCCUCGAUCUAGGCGAGUCAGCUUUCUCAGAGCCUCUCUGGGGCGGAUUUUUGGGCAAAGUUCCCACCUUAUCAAAGCAGAAGUUCAGUUCUAAUGUCAUUGAGAAGUGUCUGCGAACGGCAGAUAUCAACACGAGGCGAGCGAUGAUUGAAGAAAUGCUGAACCCUAAUGAGUUGGAGAAGAUGCUCCGUGACUCUUUCGCAAACUAUGUUGUACAGACGGCUGUAUGUCUUCUCGCCUGGAUGUUCAGAAUCAUUGUCUUGGCUGACAGGAAAGUAGCUUGAUUACGCCGAUUCCGAUUGCAGAGCUCAGCUGGUUGAAAGCAUACGCCCACUUCUUCCCGCCAUCAGAUCUACCCCUUACGGACGUCGAAUCCAGGGGAAAAUACAAGAUAAAGACGGACGUGGUAGCGGCUCAUCGAGUGGCCAGGCCACGCCAAGCAGUGUUUCAUCACCCCGCCAAUACCCCUUAUCAAAGCAGUACGCUUCAGGAUUUGGCCCAAGACCUCCAAUCGACCAUAACGAGGGGUUGGCGGGCGACACACAGUCUAUCC